CGUCUGCACUGUGAGAGCGAGUCCUUCAAGAUGGAUCUCAUCCUGGAUGUGAACAUCCAGAUCUACCCUGUGGACCUCGGGGACAAAUUCCGCCUGGUCAUCGCCAGCACCUUGUACGAAGACGGCACCCUGGAUGACGGCGAGUACAACCCCACAGACGACAGGCCGUCCAGGGCCGACCAGUUCGAGUACGUGAUGUACGGCAAGGUGUACCGGAUCGAGGGGGACGAGACCUCCACCGAGGCAGCCACGCGCCUCUCUGCCUACGUGUCCUACGGGGGGCUGCUCAUGCGGCUGCAGGGAGACGCAAACAACCUGCACGGGUUUGAAGUGGACUCUCGAGUUUACCUGCUGAUGAAGAAGUUGGCCUUCUAGGAGACCUCCUGCCUCCCUGGACUGCCCUAGAGACAUUCUGCUGGCGGGCAAACCAGAGCCCUGUUCCCCCACAUCCUGCCCCAGC